AUGGCAGCCACUGCCGAGAAAAAAUGGGAUAGAAAAAAUGAAGAAUGUAUUGAAAAUAUCGAUGAUAUCGAGUGCAAGGCGGCAGCCAAUAAUCCUAGAGCUCAUUUUGUGCCUCGGCCGUCCGAAGAUGAGGGUGAUCCACUUAACUGGCCCACGAGGCUCAAAGCGUUGAUUCUGUUUCAGGUUUGCUGGCUCGCAUUUCUGGGAACCUGGAAUACUGCUGCCAUUAACUCAGCCUAUUCGCUAUUAGCAGAGGAUUUGGGGGUUUCAGAGGUCCAAGCCUCGUACCAGACAACCAUUGUGAUCGCCCUUAACGGCGUCGGUCCCUUUAUCUGGAUUCCUUUGGCAAAUGUUUAUGGCCGUCGCUUCGUUUAUCUCAUCACUACCUUCAUCGGAUUUGCCACUGCUCUUGGCUGCGGUUUCGUACACAGCUUUGGUGCUCUAGUCGGAAUUCGCGCAAUCAAUGGCAUCUUUCCGGUUUCUAUGGCCCUCGGCCCAGCCACUGUGACAGACCUGUUCUUCUAUCACCAACGUGGCCGCGCUUUGGGUCUGUUUACUGUCAUGCUGACCUCUGGAUCUCAUUUUUCGGGCCUCUUUGGUGGGCCAGUUGCCAAGUUCUUAGGCUGGCGAUGGAUAUUCUGGAUCACCGCAGCCAUGAACUUCAUUACUCUUACGAUUCUGGUUUUCGGCUUACCCGAGACCAUGUAUUACAAGCCAAGGUUAUACUCUGACACCAACACUGAGCCUCCAAAGUUAUCUAUGGCUAAGUAUCGAGAGCUUCUCCGGCCGUGGACAAGCUUCCCUGGGGUUGAGCUCAAGGCAAAACACUUUGUCAUACCCGCCUUUCGCAUGGCAUUGUACCCAUCGGUCCUUUUCCCGAGUCUGUAUUACGCUUCGCAGUAUUGCUUUACAGCUAUAUUCCCAGCUGUCACCUAUGCCAUUAUCUUCAAGGAGAGAUUUGGCUGGAGUGCUUUGCAGUGUGGCCUAGCCUAUGGUGGUACUAUGACCAUUGGCUCUAUAGUCGGCGAGUUUGCCGCGGGAAAGAUAAUUGACGACAUCGUCCACCGCGACUCUAUUCGACUAGGUGUAGACUCGCCACCACCAGAAGUCCGCUUCAAAGGUAUUUGGACUGGAGCGGCUCUGAUACCUGCAGGGCUUCUUAUAUUCGGAUUCACGAUUCAAUACAAUUCGCAUUGGUCGGGUCCACUAGCAGGUAUGUUCAUAGGCAUCUUCGGAAUUCAGAUUGUGGCAACUGUGUGUUACACAUACAGUAUCGACUCAUACCGUGUCGAGGGCUCGGAGGUAUCCCAGUUCUUCAACUUUUGCCGUCAGAGUACCAGCUGUACGGUCGCAUUUUACGGCGUCAAACUGUGCAAUGCGAUCGGAUUUCAGUUUGCAUUCAUCAUGUUUGCCCUUGUGGGGAGCCUGCUGGCCUUUGCGCCCAUUGUGUGGCUCGUGUGGAAGGGGGCGUGGAUCAGAGAGAGAUUGGGCAGGCCGGAAAAUGUGAGCGUUGCCGAGGAGAUCAUUUCGAGUCAUCAUGAGUUCAACAGAAUGCAAAGCCGAGAGGAAUAG